ACCUGCGAUUCUGCUUCCAGGAAAUUCCUGUUGGUUGAGAUGGCUUCCAACGAUCAUCUACACAAUUCGAAUCGACCAGCUCCGAGAUGGGGACAUUUAUACCUCGACAGGUUUACCCGCACCUGUCCUCCAUACCGAGAUCCUACUAUUUAGGACAUCAUGCAGCUGGUUUAUCCAAAAUGAAGUCCAUGGUCUCGCAGAUCGAUCUGGUCAUUGAAUGCAGGGACUAUCGUACACCCAUAGUCUCGCGCAACCCACUCUUCGAAGCAAACCUCGGCGAACGUCCAAGGUUGAUCGUGUACACGAAGCAAGACUUGGGGAGCAACUUCACCAACGAAGACAGGAAAAGAGAGGCCACUAUCAGACAAUGGGAUGCACCUUCCACAUCUUUCUUUGCCGACGUCAAGUCUCGUUCUGCGAUCAGUAAAGUCCUCGAGUUCGCAAGAGCCCACGCCGAUCACUCGACCUCGCUGUUCGGCACUCGCCUAAUGGUUGUCGGCAUGCCCAACGUCGGAAAAUCCUCCUUAUUGAACGCGCUCCGAAACGUCAGUCUGGGUAAAGCGAAAGCUGCAAGAACAGGAGACCAACCUGGGGUGACAAGAAAGAUUGGCACAAGCGUCAAAAUCAUUGACGGUGAAGAAGGAAGGCCAGGAGUCUAUGUCCUCGAUACACCUGGUGUUUUCGUUCCAUACGUACCAGAUGCUGAAAGUAUGCUCAAGCUGGCACUUUGCGGGAAUGUCAAAGACACGAUCAUUCCUCCUACCACCAUCGCGGACUACCUCCUCUUUCAUCUUAAUCUGAAUGAUCCGACCUUGUAUAAUAUGUUCUCGGAGCCAACUAAUGACAUCUUCCUUGUACUGGACGGGUUGGCUCGCAAGCAAGGUCGCCUCAAGAAAGGAGGUCUUCCGGACUUUGAAUCCUCCGCGCUGCAAUUUGUACAACGCUGGAGGACUGGUAAUAUGGGUCGGUUCAUCCUAGAUACUGUGACCGAAGACGCUCUACUCGAACGGACGGAGCUACUCAAGUCAUACGGAGGCAGCAUGCAUCAGGCCCGUAAAGCCGCGAAGCAAGUCAGGAAAGAAGCAUAUCUCAACCGAAAUUAAGUGAUGAACCGUCGGAUUCUGGAUUCCCAAACCGACGUACAUUCCAUUCACCUGGAUUUCGCAGCCACUACUGCUGUAUCGUGCCCCAGAUCACCUGUCUGGCUCGGCUCAGUCGUCUGAUUCUGACUCAUUCAGCCUGCAGCGAACUCGCUUCUACCAGGCCUAAUAUUCUGUCAUAUCGACGGUGCCGGCAGCUUGAGAGUACUUGUACGGCAAGAAGCUGGCCAGCAUGAGGGCAAGCAGCAGCGACAUCCAAAACAUUAUCCUCAGCCACUUGCCGACGUCGACUUGUCGUGCUCUGUCAAGUGCCACCAUCCCUGCGCCCACCAGCGUGCCACAGACAUAUUCCAAAGUUGCCCGCAGCUGAGCUCCGCCUGUAGACGCGCCCUUCCGAUAGAGUACCAUCAUUCUGUCCAGGAUUUCAUCCACAUAGGCGGUUUCUGCUUUGACGAAGCGACGAAGGUCAAUGCAGUAUUUGGCGACGUACUUCAUCAACUCGUUUCGACCAAUCUCAUCAAUCAGCCUGUCCACGUCUUCGACGGCGAUGUCGGUUUCUCUGCUGAUCUUCUCAUAAGACAUUGGUACCGCAUUUGCAAUGUGUUCGGCGAUUGUCAUGACUCCCUUUGGACCUUGGAGGAAUCUUUUCAGCUUGACGAGAUUCUCGGCACCGUCUGCGGCACCGGCCACUUGCUGACCGGUUUGAUCCAUGAUGAAUUGGUUGUCCGUGCGGACGAGGGAGUAAGCCUGUCUCAGUUAGCAACACGAGCAAACUAGUGAAGAUAGCAGCUUCAUACUGGCCGCGAUGGAUUGAAACGCUGAUCUUUACUUCGCUUUGUUUGGAGUGGUUUAGGCUGCGUCUGACCUCAAACGCAUCUCACGUUGACGCGAAUUGAUGAGAACAGAAGAGACAAGAAGGCCAAAGAAGAAUCACAAGUGAAUACAUCAGUAUUUGAUCCAGAAUUCGGCAGCCAAGCGCUCGAGUGAAGGGCAAGGCGGCGUUGGUACUGCCAAACUUCGCUUUGUCUUGCUUGCUUGACUCUCACUCUCCAUUUCUGAUUGUGUAUCUCUACUCGUCACAGCGUUUAAAAAGGAAACAAGGUGGACUUUGGACAAACGGGCAGUCCCGUUGGAGUGAGUGGUGGCUGCAGGGUCCCGAGAUAUUGAUUUUAGUCUGUAGACAACAAGGAAUGUCAAAUUGAGGGUGAUGAUAAUCUGGGCACUAUUGUACAUUACGC